AUGGCUGGUUAUACAGAAAAACAACAAGUGCCAAGCUAUGAGGAGAAAGGGCGUGACUCCGCCACUGAUAGUCAGGAGGAUCCGCAGAUCGCGGAGGCUGUCGUUGACAACAGCGACCAGCUGAAGCGGCACCUGGGCAACCGUCAGAUUCAGUUGAUCGCUAUCGGCGGCUCUAUUGGCACAGCGACCUUCGUGAGCAUCACAUCCGGUUUGGUGAAGGGUGGCCCGGGAAGCUUGUUCUUGGCAUACACCAUCUACUCGUGUAUGAUGGGCCUCGUAAACAAUUGCAUGGCAGAGAUGGCCAUUUUUAUGCCGAUAAGUGGCGCAUUUAUUCGCAUGGCAGGGCACUGGGUCGAUGAAGCGUUUGGGUUUUGGGCCGGUUGGAACUUCUUCCUUUACGAGGCCCUGCUGAUUCCAUUCGAGAUCUCGGCGCUGAAUCUGGUCCUGACAUUCUGGCGGGAUGAUAUCCCCGUCGAGGCGGUGGUAGCUGCCUGCAUUGUGACCUACUUUGUCCUGAAUGCCUUUACGGUCAAGUAUUAUGGAGAAGCUGAGUUCUGGCUCGCGACUGGCAAAGUACUGCUCAUUUUGAUCGUCUUUCUUUUCACAUUCAUUACCAUGGUUGGAGGCAAUCCCAAGCACGAUGCUUAUGGGUUUCGCUAUUGGAACCAGCCUGGCUCAUUUGCCGAAUACAUCACCACGGGCUCUCUGGGUCGCUUUGAAGGUUUUUUGGGUGCAAUAUGGAGCGCGUCUUUCACUGUUGUCGGUCCAGAAUAUAUGUCCAUGGUCGCAGGCGAAACAAAACUGCCCCGACGCUACCUCAAGACGGCCUUCAAGACCACCUAUGCCCGGUUUGCAUUCUUUUUUAUCGGCAGUGCACUAUGUGUGGGAAUUGUUAUUCCGUACAAUGACAAAACGUUGUUGGAUAUUCUCAGCGGCUCUUCGAGUGGCUCAGGCACCGCGGCCGCAUCUCCAUAUGUCAUUGCCAUGAACAACCUGGGCAUUACCGUGCUUCCUCAUAUUACUAACGCUUUGUUGGUGACGAGCAUUUUCUCUGCAGGAAAUGCCUACACAUACUACGGUACUCGCAGCCUCUAUGGUUUGGCUUUGCAGGGCCAGGCCCCCAUGGUACUGGCACGAUGCACCAAAGCUGGUGUGCCGAUCUACUGUCUGUGCAUUGUCAUCAUCUUCCCCUUCCUUGCAUUUUUAAACGUCUCCAGUGGUUCUGCCAAAGUUCUCACCUGGCUCACCAACAUCAUAACCGCUGCCCAGGUCAUCGAUUAUAUUAUCAUAUGCGUGACUUAUCUUUUCUUCUAUCGCGCCUGUCACGCACAAGGCAUCGACCGCCGUACUCUCCCAUAUUAUGGAUACUUUCAGCCGUACUCUGCCUGGAUUGGCCUAGUGUGGAUGACAUGUGUGGUAUGCUGCUACGGUUACUCUACCUUCCUUCCAGGUAACUGGACUGUGGGCGGUUUCUUCACCUAUUAUACCAUGGUCUUACUCGCGCCCGUCCUGUUUUUUGGAUGGAAGAUAAUUAAGCGCACCAAGUUUAUUAAGGCACAAGAGGCCGAUCUGAUAUGGGAUAGGCCAGUUAUUGAUGCGUAUGAGGCGACUUUCACCGAGUACGCACCGGGCUUCUGGACAGAGAUUCUACAAAUGUUUGGACUGCGGAGAGACAAGAGAGAGAGACAGCAGAUCUGA